AUGAUGCACCAUUAGCAAAGUGUUUAAUUCAGUCUCCAUUCUCGGUCGGGUUGGAAAAGAAUUUUUUUUGAUUAUGCCAAACAUUUUGAUGCUAAUACUCAAUUUGCUUUGAAUACUCGGAUGAGUUCAAUUUUGUAAAAUUAUCAAAUUCGCAAAAAGUAAACUUAUUUGCGAAAAAAGUAAAGCUAAGGUUAUAGAGGCAUACUAAAAAAAGGACUUUUGAAGUUAAUAAUAAUUCCUAUAGAAGAUAAUCCACUAGUUGAAAAAUGACUACUAUUAAAAAUCCUGGAGGUAUUGACAUUUUACGUUUACCUGUAAAUGAGGAAGAACAUGUUUAUCCACCGUGGUAUAUGAAAUAUACAAAAUCUCACAUACUUCAUUCAAAAUGCUCAGUAACUGGUCAAGAAAACCAAGGUUGUCCUGAAGAUAUUAAUCAAUGUCAAUUUUGUUCUUAUAGCCGUGCCCUGGAAAUGCCCCAUAUGCCAGACAUGGUAUUUCCAAAUAACAUUCUCUAUUUAAAACAUAAAAAUGGAGCCAAGAUAGAAUUUACAGCGCUAGAUGCUCUGAAAAGAGUUUCAAAUGGAAAAAUAAAUAUAGAAUUAGCUUGUGCUGAAGCUUGGAGAGAGUCAAGAUCAGAUAAUAAAGAAUAUUUACAAGAAAAAAUCAAACCAUUUGAUUGGACAUUUACAACUGAUUAUAUGGGUACUUAUACUGGAUUUGAAAUUAUAGAUACAGAAGAAAGAAUUAAUAUGGAAAAAUUAAAAAAAAAGGAAAAAAUACUAUUUUAUGUUGAUCUUACAUUAUUUGAAGAUGAAUUACAUGACAAUGGAAUUGCAUCCCUUUCUGUCAAAAUGAGAGUGAUGCCUGGAUCUUUUUUUAUUUUGCUACAAUAUUUUUUAAGAAUAGAUAAUGUAAUGAUAAGAUUAAAUGAUACUCGUUUGUAUCAUGAAAUGGGUAAACCAUAUAUGAUACGUGAGUACACAUCAAGGGAAGCCAAAUUUGAAGAUAUUGAGGGCAAUAUUUCAAAGUAUGUGCCACCAAGUGAAAUAGCUCCUCAUCUACCUAUAGUUAAAAGUUAUUAUCAUCAACUUAAUGUAUCUCAGCCAGAAAAAAUACCAGAUGCUUCAACUUCUACAGCAGAAAACUUAAUUAAUUCUUCUCAACAAAGUGCAAGACUGGAGAAUAAUACUACUUCAAUAGAAAUUACCAAAUCUGCUGUUGAUACUCCAAAAAAAGAUUAGUGUACUUUUUUAAUAGAAAUCAAUUUGUUAAUGAAUACAACUGAAAAAUGUAAAUUUGAGUUUUAAAAUAUUAAUUAUUUAAUAUAAAAAUCGA